AUGGCUUCCAGGCCUAUCCUUCUGCGAUUUGAAAGUCGAAAUGGCCAAUUUCGUAUCACCGUCAACCCACAAGACUCCUUCCCUUCUCUUCAGCAGAAGAUUAUAGAGAAUUUGCCAUCAGAAAUCGAACCGUCUUCCCUUGUGGUGUCUAAUCGCCCGAUAGGCACCGGCGGUGAAGAAAGAGAGCUACAGGGUCUAGAGGGCGUCACCAUCCAGAAUGUUGGCCUGAAACAUGGUGAUAAAUUGUUUGUUGGGUACCAAGAAGGCGCAGUUCAACAAAAUGGCUCCGCCAACGGAUCCACAACCACUACCGAUCGUCGACUGAACGGGUCUGUAGCACCCCAAGAACAGACCGUUAGCCUUCAUCCACGCCCUGCCUCGCUCCCUCUGAAUAUCAAGAAUCCCUGGGACGUAGUGAAGCAGUCCCCACUUGACGAUAUUCUGGACAAAACAGAUGGAAAGAUCAAACGGAAGCAAGAUCAGCGGAUGUGCAAGCAUGGCCCUCGUGGAAUGUGCGAUUACUGCAUGCCACUAGAACCCUAUGACAAGAACUACCUGGCGGAAAAGAAAAUCAAACACCUUUCUUUCCAUUCUUACCUGCGAAAAAUCAAUGCUGCCACUAACAAGCCCGAAGUUGGAAGCUCAUACAUGCCACCCCUCAGCGAGCCCUUUUAUCGAGUGAAAAGUGAUUGUCCGGCCGGUCAUCCUGCGUGGCCCGAGGGUAUAUGCACUAAGUGCCAACCCAGCGCAAUCAGUUUACAGCCCCAGGAAUAUCGUAUGGUGGACCACGUGGAAUUCUCGUCUCCUGAUCUGAUCAACUCAUUGUUGGACUUUUGGCGAAAAUCAGGCUCCCAACGGAUCGGAUUUCUUUACGGAACAUACGAAGAAUAUACCGAGGUGCCUCUUGGUAUUAAAGCAGUUGUCCAGGCAAUCUAUGAACCCCCGCAGAUGGGCGAGGUUGAUGGCGUGACACUUCAUGACUGGCAUAAUGAGAAUGAGGUAGAUGAAGUGGCACAUCUGUGUGGCCUGCAGAAGGUCGGGGUGAUUUUCACAGAUCUUCUAGAUGCGGGUCGUGGUGAUGGCACUGUGGUUUGCAAGCGACAUAUUGACUCCUACUACCUCUCCUCUCUCGAGGUGGCUUUUGCUUCGCGUCUACAGGCACAAAACCCCAAGGUGACAAAAUGGAGCCGAACUGGACGGUUUAGUUCUGAUUUUGUAACGUGUGUGCUCAGUGGUGAUGAGGCUGGAGCUAUCGCAGUGAGCUCAUACCAGGCCACUGUUUCAGCAGUCGAAAUGGUUAGAGCCGACAUUGUUGAGCCCUCUGCAGACCCAUCGGUCAUGUUGGUCCAGUCAGAGGAAGAAGAUGAUACUGGUCGUAGAGCAAGGUACAUUCCCGAGGUUUUCUUCCGCCGAAUCAAUGAGCACGGCGCAAGUGUUCAGGAGAACGCCAAACCAAGCUUCCCCGUUGACUUUUUGCUUGUUACACUUACCCAUGGUUUCCCAACCGACUCAAACCCUCUUUUCACAAAUAGUCGCUUCCCCAUCGAGAACCGCGAGGUAGUCGGCGAGAGCCAGGAAUUACGUCAUGUAGCUCGGCAAAUCAUUUCUCACGGAGACCCAGACAAGGCCAUUCUAGGAGUCUCGGAUUUCCACCUUUUGUGCUUCUUGCAUGGACUUGGCACAUUUAACAAGGACGAGGAAUCGCUUCUUGGCCGAGUUGCCACCAUGCACUCCCCAGGCGAUGGAAUGCAACUACUGAACACGUCUGGAUGGGCAACCUUGAUGACAAUCCUUCAUGAGAGUGGUGAGCGCCCCCCUAAGCGCCCCCGGUCCCCCGUGGCUGACGCUCCUCGCCCUGUUGUCAAUUUUUCCCGCAACAGAAAUUCCAAUAUCGACAGCGAACAGCUUGCUAAGAGGUUUAAGGGAGCUAGUUUAGAUUAA